AUGGACGGUAACAUUAAAGAAAUCAAAGGUAAUUUCUUAGGUGUUAUCUGCGCAAUGGCAAAGGACACAGUGUUUAGAGCCUGCGCACGCAUCGUGUGCGGGCGAUAUCUAGCAGACUAUCGCGACGACGCCGUAACUGUCAGUCGCGACAUGAUAACCGCGCGUGGGCAAAUGGUCACAGAUGUAGGAAAACAGAUCCGUCACAGCUAA